UCUCAACUUGUAAGUACUAGUAUUUCCUUGUUUUCUGCAGUAUUCCUCAUAGAGGCUAAGGCCAAUUCUGUCUUAAAAAGAUACCCACGGACUAAUGGACUUUUGGAAGAACUUAAAAAAGGAAACAUUGAGCGUGAAUGUUAUGAAGAACGCUGUGAUAAAGAAGAGGCAAGAGAAGCAUUUGAAAAUGAUGAAAAAACAGCAGAAUUUUGGAAAGACUACACCAAUGGACUCUAUGGAGGAAGUAACGCAGGACAGAACUGGUACCCAUUUUACCUAACGUUUCCUCUAGUCAUUGGCCUUUUGGUGGUGGUUCUUAUUAUAUUUGUCACAUGGAGAUGCCUGUUCCAAAAAACCCCACAUGGACAGUCCAUGUACACCCAGAGCAGAAACAGGGAAGAUAUAGGCGACAGAGCCAUUCCUGAUCGGAGAAAUCCCAUCCCUCAGUCAUUCAGCGUUCUUCAUUCUCCCCAAGAAGAAAUAUUUGAAGGCAGUGGACACUUCCCAAGGUACUUGAGCUACACAGAGAGACCUAUGGAUUUCUUAUCAAUCAGGUUGUCAAACUGUGAACCACCACCAUCCUAUGAGGAAGUUACUGGUGAAAGUAGCACACAGAGAAAUGAAUUUGCAAAUCAUUUGGAUCUGCCUCCUCAGUAUGAGGACAUUGUGAAUAGCAUUUCAGUACUUCAUGUUAAUGUCAAAUGAAUGAUGAAUGAUGAAAUGCUCCCUUUGUAGAAACAAAUGAACCCUAACACUUUUUAGCACUUUAUUAUAGCUUGGUGUUUCAAAGAUUUCUACUGUAUUAUGCCAAUUCUUAUUCUAUAACUUUGGUUUAUUCUGUGAGAAUCCCUACAUUUGGGAAACAAAAUAGACUUCAGCGUGACUAUAUAUUAACACUAGGCAUGGCAUUAUUGUCAUGGCAUACUUUUUCUACUAUUGAAAGUAGUGCUAAUAAAUAGCUCAAUUAUAAAAAUUGAUUGUUUAAGCAGAUGGCAACACAAGACUGACUUUAUCUAGGUUCAGAAAUUAGGGAAAAUUGGUCUUGAUUUCUAUUUCAAUGGGGAAACCUCCCAGGAAUAGCAGGACUGUAGACUAAACUACGAAGUCAAGAAAAGAUCUUGAAGGCAAAGGGUGAACCACUUCUGUAUUGCUGUCAAGAAAACUAUAUAAAUGUAUCCAUGAAAUUGGAAGUCAAGUUUGGCUUGAAAAAGACUUAACCUUGAACAAAAUAGAUACAGUAAGAAAUGUUGACAAUUUCCCCCUCAAAAUAAGUAUUUUUGGAAUCCUUGUAUAGCAAAAACGAGCAAAUCAUUUAGUAGGAAUAGUCAGGUUUGUCUCUAAAAUCUACUUGUUACAAUGAACACUAAUUAAAACUAUGUUGAUGAUUAACUAUAUUUAAGCACAUGUAUUUUGAUUGUUCAGAAGAGUAUUAAUGACGUUUUGUGAUGCUUUGAUCUAUAUUUCCAUUUGUAAGCACCUUAAAGACUAUGAUUCUGGAGACCCACCA